GAGCCCUCAUGUCUGGAGCAUACUUUUGCCAAGAAAUUUGGAUCUCAGUGAUCCCUGAGAUCCUGGUGUUCAGUGACUCUUUGGCCUCAUAAGGAGCUGUGCCAGUGUGAUCCAAGUUUGAUUCCUGGUCCAGUGUUGUCAUUUCCCAGCUUUCCCUUAAAUGCAGAGGUGCCCGUGCUCCAAAGGGUGGAGAAGACAUCUCCAGAAAGAAGUGGGAAUGAGAGAUGUGUUCCAAGCCUGUUGAGACAAAAGGUGGUUUAUUUCAUACCUGAUUUUUGGGGUGUGGGUUGGUGUUGCUUAUCUGAGGGGAAGAGUAUCAUGAACAGCUCCCUGUUCCCAACCUUGGCAGGUCCAGAUGUCCAAAACUGGUGCUCUGUUUUCCUGGGCUCCUCCAGUGGGGGCUCUACAAGACCAGUGCAAGGAUCUCCUGAUUUUAACAUGACUGGAGAAGCCAGUUUGUACCUACCCAACUUCACUCCUGGGAGCUGGCAUUUGCUGCCUUGAGAUUCUUUGGGAUAAACAAGCCAGUAACUCAGGCCUGUCAAAGGAAACAGGUGCCAGAAGUUUUUGACAGGAGUGAAAGCGUAAAUAUUUUCAGUGGAUCUGCCCCAGAGUCCUCUGUUGAUGUUUCUUUAACCUUUGUCUCCUUGCUUUGGCUGCUCAUGUUUGUAUUUGCAUGAGAGGAGAGUUCUGGUGACAUCCAGUGGGCUGAGAGGCAGGAGAUUGGCUUUGGAUCUGAGUUGGCAUUGGCUUCCUCUUGGAUUUUGGGAUUGUCUUGUACUCUGAACACAGCUUUGGAUGGGCUGGAGCUCCAGAUCACCCUCCAAGGGCACUGAGAAAAGCAGCAGCUUUUGAUCACUUAGGAGCUCCAUGUUCUUCCUUCAGGGCACCAGGAGGGCCCUCUGGACGAAGUGGACAUCGGAUGGUUGUGUGCAAAAGGCAGCUGAUCAUCUUUGGAGGUUUCCAUGAGAGUGCAAGAGAUUUCAUCUACUACAACGAUGUGUACACCUUCAACCUGGACUCCUUCACCUGGAGCAAGCUGGCUCCUGCAGGGAUGGGGCCUGCUCCAAGAUCUGGCUGUCAAAUGACUCCCACCCCUGAGGGCAACAUCAUCAUCUAUGGAGGCUACUCCAAGCAGAGGAUCAAGAAAGACGUGGACAAAGGCAUCCUGCACACAGAUAUGUUCCUGCUGAAGGCUGAAGGAGCAGGCAAGGAGGAAGACAGGUGGAGCUGGAGUCGGCUCAGCCCCUCUGGAGUGAAACCCACUCCCAGGUCCGGCUUUUCCGUGGCUGCUGCUCCCAACAACCGCUGCCUCCUUUUUGGGGGAGUGCACGAUGAGGAGGAUGAGGAGAGCAUUGAAGGGAACUUCUUUAAUGACAUUUAUUUCUAUGACAUCGGGAAGAACCGCUGGUUCCCUGCACAGCUCAAGGGCCCAAAAUCAGAGAAGAGGAAGCGCAGGCGUGGCAGACAGGCUGGGGCAGAGGCUGCUGGAGAGGAGGAGCUGCAGCUGCCACCUCCCCAGGGGCCCCUGGAGAUCGUCAAGGAGGUGGUGGCAGAAGAUGGCACCGUCAUGACCAUCAAGCAGGUGAUCCCUGGAGCUGCAGAAGACAAGGACAGGUCUGGCUCAGAGGAGGAGGAGGAGGAAGAGGAAGGUGGAGCCCUGGGCCAGCCUGUGGAGCCGUGCCCACGCUCCAGUGCCAUGGUGGCAGUGAAACACGGGGUCCUCUACGUGUACGGGGGCAUGUUCGAGGUGGGAGACCGCCUGGUGACCCUCAGUGACCUGCACAGCAUCGACCUGCACAGGAUGGAGCAGUGGAAGGUGCUGCUGGAGAUGGAUCCAAAAACUCAGGAAUGGCUGGAGGAGUCGGAGUCAGAUGAAGAGGAGGAGGAUGAUGUGGAGGGUGCAGAGGGAGGGGAGGAAGAAGAAGAGAGCUCUGAAGAGGAGAGUGAAGAUGAGGAAGGGGAGCAGCAGCACCCAGCGGUGCAGCCUGGGGAGAACCAGGCCCAGUACGUGGCCAGGACAGAGCAGUACUGGCUCAGGCUGGCCCGCAGCCACAUGGGCCCCGAAGCCAAGGACAAGAAGGUGCUCAAGGUGGCUCAUGCCAUGGCCAAGACUUUCUAUGAAGAUCCCAUCCAGAUGUCCUGAGGCUGCUCCAGCAGUGAAGGAACGUGCUGGGAGCGGUGGUCAGCCCUGCUGAGCUCAGCCUGAUGUCCAUCCUGGCCUCCAGCCUUUCCCAGCUCUGGGCUGACUGUCCUGGAUGGAUGCUCUGGAUCUGCUGUUACUCCUGGGAAUGCUGUGGGAGGCUCCUGAGGAACAGGAUUGCUGUCCAAGCACUUGUUCUGCUGAGGUUGGGCCGUGCAGCACUGACUUUGCUGCUUGGGGUCUGUCCAGACAAACUGUGCACAUGACAAUGGUUCACUGGUCCCAAAUUCUGGCUGGGGCCAGGACGUUCUCCAGGGGUUCCUACAAUAAACUGACUUGGUUGUAUCA